AUGUCAGGCUUUGUGAUAUUUAUCAUUAGGCCUUUAACUUUGACUUCAGCUUCCCCCAAGGGUGGGGAGCUGGACACCAAAUCAGGUGGGUCUUCUCCAUUUCCUCCUGUAGGUUACAUUCUUGGCUUUCCGUCCUUGUCUUUAGAGCUGGACACCGAAUCAGGUGUCCAUUUCCUCCUGGCUGGACACCGAAUCAGGUGGGUCUUCUCCGUUCCUUCGUUGUCUUUAGAGCUGGACACCGAAUCAGGUGGGUCAUCACCAUUUCCUCCGCUAGACACCGAAUCAGGUGGGUCUUCUCCAUUUCCUCCUUUGAACACCGAAUCAGGGCUGGACAUCGAAUCAGGUGGGUCUUCUCCAUUUCCUCCUCUGGUGAACACCGAAUCAGGUGGGUCUUCUCCAUUUCCUCCUGUAUGCGAAUCAGAUGGGUCUUCUCCAUUUCCUCCUGUAGGUUUCACAGAGGGCAUGUGGGUUGAGUGCGCUAGACACCGAAUCAGAGAAUCAGAUGGGUCUUCUCCAUUUCCUCCUGUAGGUUUCACAUCAGGUGGGUCUUCUCCAUUUCCUCCUGGACGGACAGUGAAUUCCAGUUCAGGCCAGUCAACAUCAGUAUUCAACACUUCGGGGUCAAAUUCCAGCCGAGUGAACGCUGAAUUGACCUCAACUACAUCUACUGCACCCACACCAUCUCGACCGGCAAACGGACCUACAAAAGCCAGUCCUAAACGUCCACCAGCUAAUUCACAACUCUCAACCAACAUGGAUGCUAAAGUCACCAAUGAGUUGAUGCAUCUUCGUUCAGUGAUUCAAGAGAAGGAGAGACGAUUAGAUGAGCUCUACUCAGAAAUCGACAAACUCAGCUCUGUUCUACAGCAACACAUCACAGAAUGUGAUACGUGGAAAAAGGUGAAUCUUGGUUUCCAAAACCACUUAAUUAACAUAGUUCAGUGGAAUUCUACCAGCAGUACAUCUAUAACCCCAGAACACAUUUUUUUCAAUAAUUUUGGUAAAAGGAUGAGUAAUAAUAUCGAAUUCGUACUAACCAUCCAAAGUGCAUUUAGGUUUCUUUCUCAAAGCCAUGCCAGCUAUAUGACUUUUUUUCAAUUUAUCACUUAA